AUGGGAGCUUCCGGAACUGCGAUUGGUCCUGAUGGAAAGGUUUGAAGCGCUCAUAACUUUUUUAAAUGUAGUUUUAUUUUUUUAGCCUAUCAAAAAAGUUGCCUCCGACAAGUCUAAGGCACAGCGUGGUGGAAAAAGCGGCAUGAAUAAUCAAAGGGGAGGAAAGUUCGACAGGAAUGGACCGAAUCAGCGUGGCGGACCGAAUGUGAGUUUUUUUUUUUUUAAAUUUUAUGACUAAAGUAUGCUAAUUACUCUACGAAAAUCUUAUUUGAUUAAGUAAAUAAAAAUUACAGCGGCCAUUCAACAACGGACCAAUGGGCGGAAUUCCUCCGUUUGGAUAUUAUGGCGGUGGUCCUGGAGGUCCGAUGGGUCCAGGCGGACCUAUGAAUGGACCGAUGGGUGGACCAAUGGGUGGACCGAUGAAUGGGCCGAUGGGUGGACCGAUGAAUGGACCGAUGGGUGGACCAAUGGGUGGACCGAUGAACGGACCAAUGGGCAACAUGAUGAAUCCAAUGGCAGGUCCUAUGGGUCCAAAUCGACAAGGACCUGGAGGACGAAUGAAUGGCGGACCGGUUAGUUUCUUCAACUUGUUGAUGGCUGCUCUUCGAUACUUGCAGAUUUUUCGUUGAAAUCCGUUUUUCUCGUUAGUUCACGAUGAGAAGAUUGUCAGAAGUAGAUUGGGAUUCAUUUAUUGAGUUUUAUUAUCUCAAACUUUUUUGAACUCAUCAUCGAUCUAAAUUAUCAGAUCAGAGGGUAUUGAAUUAUUUUUAUCUAAAAAAAGAUUUUUGGGAAUAAUUGAAUUUAUCAACUUCAAAAGUUGGUCGUACCUUUUUUUUAUUUUUUUCUUUUUUUGAAAAAAAUAGUACGCCAGGUGUUUGAAAGUUCAGAUUUGAAAAAAAGAAAUGCCUUGAAAAAAAUCAUGAAGAAUAUAUUUUGGCAUAAAAAAAGUACAAAUGAAAAAAAGACCACCCGCCUUCUCAGUGAGGAAAAAUUUGAGAAUAUGAUUUGAAAUAAAUAUGAACGGUGUGUUCGGCGGGAGUUCAUAUGCGAACCCCAUCGUUUUUUUUUGUUUCACUUGCGGGUUAAAAAUCCAGUAUUUGGAUUAUAAUCAUUUUUCUUCCAGAACAAUCCACGUCUCGACAUUUUUCUUUUGAAAACAUCUCAACAAAGAUGUGAAACUAAUCAAUAGUCUAUUUGCGUUUUAUGCGGUUAUCAUUAUUGACAAAAAAGAAACCGUUUUUUUUCGUGAUUGAAAAAAAAUUUCCAUGAUGGAAUAAUCAUAUUUCUUCCAGAACUACCUACGUCUCGACGUUCGUUUUGCAGUAGCAUAAAAGCUGCUAAUUAUUUUUGAAAAGGCUUCUGAUACAAAUUCAUUUAAUCAGAUGCUGAACUGUUGAAAAAUGUUUCCACAUGGUUCUAGGAACCUUUUUGGAGUUUUGAAGAAGCUGAGAUUUUAAUAAACAUUCGUUUUCAGUACUGCUGUAUUAUUUUAACUUCAUUUUGAGAUUUUUUUCGGAUGACGUUGUUACAGUUUAUGAAAAGAACUAUUUCUUAACCGGUGUAGUUCAAAAUUUAUUGAUGAAUAUCAUGCAUCUGGUAAUGCAUUUCUCUUGAAAAAAAAAACGCAUACGCGUAGCCUUUUUGUGCCCUACCGCGACAAGUGCUGCGAAUGAAAGCCCAACUUUUGCAACUUCCAGAUGGCCGACAAUAGGAUGGGACAGCAGUCUUCAGGUCUAGUUAUUUUCUUUCCCAAGUGGAAAGUUCUAGUAGUUGCGAACAAUAAGUUCGAAGUUUCAUUUUUUUUUUUUUUUGAUUUUGAUCUCGCAAUCUUUCCUUUCAUUCCAUUUUUCCAUCACAUUCACGGCUGCAAUUUACGUAAUAAUCGUUUCAAAACAAAAAGCGAUGGUUAGUGUAGCAAAGAGCUCACUUUACCUCAAAUUUUUGCGCGCAACAUUCUUCUUGCUCUUAAUCAAAGCGUUUGAGUUUCUUUUUGGGCCCAGAAUUCAAUGAAAAAAUGUUGAUAAAACAUUUCUGAUUCUGUCAAUUUUUGCGUUUUUUCUCUUGAUAUGGUGAUAUUGGUAUGGCGCAUUUAAAAGAGAAGAAAAGAAAUAUAUUUUGGUGUCAAGUUUUUGUUUCAUAUACACGUAUUUUCAAAGCGUGUAGGCGCCGUAACGCUUUUCUGCUUUUCUGUGGUGCAUAUUUAGAAUAAAAAAACCACACUCUCGAUUUCUCUUCUUUUUCCUGGUUCAUUCUCAUUCAUUCAUUCCUGCUUCAACUAAGCUAAAAAAAAAUUUCACUCCUCAAUUUUAGGAUUCGGCGGACCUUCUGCGAAUACUGUAGGACAAGCAAAUGUUGGAGAAAACGUGAACUUUGUGAGUUUUCAGAUCUAGUUUUUAUUUAAAUUUAUUCUCUUCGCAGAGCCGUGACCAGCAAAGUCAACCGCAGCAACAGCAGCAGCCACAGACACAGCAACAGCAACCGUCUCAAGACCAGAGUAACGGUUCGUCGAUGCCCGCGGAAGUCCCCGGGUUCGGCAAGAACAGCAGCAUCCACGAACUUUUUGGUUUGAUUUCACUUAAUUGUCUUCAUUCAUGUUUUUUCUUCAGGUAAAAUGGUUUGGCGCAAGAUGGAGGGCCUCAGAGAUCAGGCGAUUGUCGACAAUCUACAGAACAGAAUCAUGAACCUGAUACACGACGCUCUUGCUAUGCAGAAUUCUAACGGUAAAAAAAUAUUUGAUUGAAAACGUUUUUCACAACAAAAACCUUUCCCGCUGAAUGAUAUAUUAAAAAAAUAAAUAACACUUUGAGAGAGUCUAUCCCCACGAAGAAAAUUUUUUUUAAAGUAGUACUUGACAUUUUGAAGAAAUUAGAAGAAAAAUUGAACGUAUCGGAAAGGUUAACAUCAAAAAAUCAUUAAAAAGUUCUCUACGUUUUCCGAACCCUUUUUUCAUAAUUCCAAAAAAAAAAAAUUGCUAUGGACUGUCGAAAAAAAUUGUUUCUAUAUUUUCAUGACAUAGUCUCAUUUCAGCUGCGAACUCGGUCACAUCAGGAAAUCAACAGCAGCAAUCUCAGCCUCAAAAUAACAACAAUUUGACUGCUUCCAGUCUCGGACUUGGCCGUCCGCAGCAGCAGUUUGGAAAUAACGGAAUGAACAACUUCGGAUUCCGCUCUUAUUGA